GGGCCCAGGCAGCGGUGGGACGGGAGGAGCCGCGGUGCCGGCAGGGAGCGGCUGAGGCGGCGGCUUCUCCGCUCCAGCCAUGGCUGUGAAGGACCCUACAGCUGUAGAAAGAGCAAAUUUACUGAACAUGGCUAAAUUGAGUAUAAAAGGACUCAUUGAAUCAGCUUUGAGCUUUGGCCGCACUCUGGAUUCUGACUACCCACCUUUGCAGCAGUUCUUUGUUGUCAUGGAGCACUGCCUGAAGCAUGGCCUUAAAGUGAGAAAGUCCUUUCUAAGCUACAAUAAAACUAUCUGGGGUCCUCUGGAACUUGUGGAGAAAUUAUAUCCAGAAGCUGAGGAAAUAGCAGCAAGUGUCAGAGAUUUGCCUGGUCUCAAAACACCACUGGGCCGUGCCCGGGCCUGGUUACGGUUAGCACUGAUGCAGAAGAAAAUGGCCGACUACCUUCGCUGUUUAAUCAUUCAGAGAGAUCUUCUCAGUGAAUUUUAUGAGUAUCAUGCACUAAUGAUGGAGGAGGAAGGAGCAGUUAUUGUUGGGCUAUUAGUUGGGUUAAAUGUGAUAGAUGCUAACCUGUGUGUGAAGGGAGAAGACCUAGAUUCACAAGUUGGGGUGAUUGAUUUCUCCAUGUAUUUAAAGAGUGAUGAUGACAUCGGGGGUAAGGAAAGAAAUGUACAGAUUGCUGCAAUUUUGGACCAAAAGAAUUAUGUGGAAGAACUAAACAGACAACUGAAUAGCACAGUUAGUAGUCUACAUGCAAGAGUUGAUUCACUAGAGAAAUCAAACACUAAACUGAUCGAAGAGCUAGCAAUAGCCAAAAACAAUAUAAUUAAACUUCAGGAGGAAAACCAUCAAUUAAGGAGUGAAAAUACUCUUAUUUUAAUGAAGACACAGCAUCAUCUAGAAGCAACUAAAGUGGAUGUUGAAGCAGAACUUCAGACAUACAAACACUCCAGGCAGGGUUUAGAUGAAAUGUACAAUGAAGCUCGGAGACAGCUUCGAGAAGAAUCACAGCUUCGACAAGAUAUGGAGAAUGAACUCGUGGUUCAAGUUAGCAUGAAGCAUGAGAUAGAGCUUGCCAUGAAGUUGCUGGAGAAGGACAUCCACGAGAAGCAGGAUACCCUCAUAGGCCUUAGACAGCAGCUUGAUGAAGUUAAAGCAAUUAACAUGGAAAUGUACCAAAAGCUUCAGGUUUCUGAUGAUGCUAUGAAAGAAAAGAAUGAAAUAAUUGAUCGGCUAGAGGAUAAAACCAAUCAAAUUAAUGCAGCUAUGAAACAACUAGAACAAAGAUUGCAGCAAGCAGAGAAGGCUCAAAUGGAGGCUGAGGCGGAGGAUGAGAAACAUAAACAGGAAUAUGUGAAUAAAUCUGAAAGUCUGCAGAAAGAAUUUUCCCAGAAGGAGAAACAGCUGCUUCAGCUGGAAACGGAUUUGAAGAUAGAAAAAGAGUGGCGGCAAACCUUAGAGGAUGAUCUUCAAAAGGAAAAGGAAACUGUUUCUCAUCUGAGAACAGAGACCCAAGAAAUAAUUAACCUUAAAAAAGAGUUCCUUCAACUUCAGGAAAAGAACAAGCAACUGAAAAGGAUAUGUGAAGACCAAGAAGCUGCACUCCAAGAACUGGCAUCCAAGCUGAGCGAAUCAAAGCUGAAAAUAGAAGAUAUAAAAGAAGCGAACAAAGCAUUGCAGGGCCAGGUUUGGUUGAAGGACAAAGAGGCUACACAUUGCAAGUUAUGUGAAAAGGAAUUUUCUCUUUCCAAAAGGAAGCAUCAUUGUAGAAACUGUGGUGAGAUCUUCUGUAAUGCCUGUUCUGACAACGAGCUGCCUCUGCCUUCUUCCCCAAAGCCUGUUCGAGUCUGUGAUUCCUGCCAUGCAAUACUUAUACAGAGGUGCUCUUCUAAUGUGCCAUAAAAACAUUGUACAAGAUAUUUAUUACCUUCUGGUAUUCAGCUAAUCCUUUACAAAUAAACAAAAACAAAACCAACUAAAGAAUGUACAGCACGAUUUCCAUAAUUUCAGGUAAGCAGUCUAAAGUUGUGUUGUUUUUAAGGUUCCGUGGAGGAGUUACUUGUCUGCUUCCCUUUGAAACAAACAGAGAAAAUGGGACCUAAAGACAGAAAGUGCACAUAUUAAAAAUACAGAUGACAUUCUUAGUCUAAAAAAAGACUAUUUCUUCUGGAUCAGAAGGUAUUUUGGAGGAAGCAGAGCAGGUUAUAGAGGAGACUCGGUGUUAACAUGCAUUUGAUGAGUACCCUAGUCAGUAUGAUCUUGACAGAGAUGAAGCUUACCUGCUUUUACAGGCUAGUCUGCAAAAAGUACACCCUAAUUCUGCUACAGAAACGUGCCUGUGAUACACUGCUGUGAAGGAAAACAGUGUGGUAGUUAGUUUGAAGUUGUAUUUUUAAAAAGUAAUGCAAUUAAUUCAAUGGUCCUGUAAGUUAUUACCAAAUACUGUAUUACCAAGAUUUUUUACAUUCAAGAAUAUUGCACUGAUAACUCUUUAGUCACAGGUGUAAGGGGGGGACAGGUAACAAACUGCAAGACAGAUUAGUAUUAAAUGCUGGGGACCACAUACUUUCUGUGCUGCCUGUGUUGGACCAUAAGGUUCUGCCUUUUUUUGUCAUCAUCUUUCUCAAACUUUCAGAGUUUGUUCCUAAACCACUUCUGAGUACACCUCAUCACACUGAUAUUCCGUGAUCACUUCUGCUGGAAUGUAAAUCCUUAUUCUUCCUGUAGGCAAGUGCAAAUACAUCUUUUGAUAAACAGUCCUCCCUUCUAUGUCACUGCCCUAGAACCAACCCACCCUCUUCCCUUGAGCUGCUCAGGGUGGGGUCUUGCCAUGGUCCCUGCUCUCUGGUCAGCACUGACAAACUGGCAGCAGAAUUAUUGGCUCAGUAGUUCCUUCAGUUACAGGCUUGGACUGUUCUUAUUGACAGGAGAAGGGAGGCUUUAAACAGAUCUUUGAUUUGUUCUUGCACUUUGUUUAGCUUAGCUUUGUCUUUUGAAGAUAAGCAUCUAGUUAUUCUGGAAGCUAAUACAGCUGUUCUUUUCAACACCUCAAUGUAGUUGCUUGCAUAGCUUUUGUAAAGAAAAAUGUUUUUUAAAUUAACUAAUGUAACUUUUUGUAAAAUACAAAACAAGCACU